CUAUUUAUAUAUUUAGUUGGUUGGUAGUAGAGUGGUAGACAAACACAAGUAAAGUCUACUAGAGAUGCAGGAAUGUUUUGAGACCUACUGUAUGAGGAAAGACCAAGCUGAACAGAGUUUAGAAGAAAUCAAGGUAUCAAUUAAACAACAAUCACUUGGUGAUGGUGGAAGCUUUCCUAUACAAUGUAGUGAAGAACAGAAAUUAGAUCUGUGUCAAAAGUUAUAUAAACUAAUUUUCAAACUCGUUAUGCUGUUUGAAAGUUACAUCAAGCUACUAGAUUGUUUCAAACUUGUACAGACAGCCUCACAGGUGAAUGAUAUUUCUGGACAAGUUGAGAGUAUUAAAGGGGAAGUCACUGCUGCCAUGUCAGAGCUAGAGAAUGGCCAGGCAUCACCACUGAAUGUUGACUCCCCGAAACCUGUCACAAAACAAGAUGCAUUCUCCAGUCUUACAGAGUAUAUCAAAAGUCAACAAUACCAAAAAGCAAUACAGCUUGUCAGAUCUUUCAGGACAAUGUGGCCUGGUGACAUGUUUGGACAAUCACAGGAUGAUGACCUUGUUACCCUGCUCAAUGUGUUUUGUAUUGAAAUGGCUGAAAAGAAAACAGGUGUAUUUGUAUUAACAAAGGUGGAGUUUGAUAUUGGUUUGUUAUAUAGCCAGUUAUUGGACAUUAAUCAACAAAUUAGAAACUGGACUAUACCCUCUCCUCAACAGUCGUGCACAGGAAACAACGAUUUAUUGGACUCUAGUACAUUAUGAUAAUGUAACUGUAUUCUGAAUGUGACAAAAAACUACAAUUUAUUGAACUCAAGUAAAUAAUGAUGGUAGAAUGAAUUCUGAUCUGGACAGAAAACUAUAGUUUAUUGGACUUAAAUAAAUAAUGAUGGUAAAAUACUAUUCUGGUCAGGACAGAAAAUUACAAUUUAUUGGACUUGAGUAAAAAAUGAUGGAAUCACAAUAUUUAGUAUA